GCGUCGGCGACGAUGCGGCCACCGCCGUCUGGCCACAUGGUCAUCAACAUGAAGACGACCAUCACCACGCAUGGGGCCCAUAACGGAGUUAUCGUUCAUGCCGGUGUGCAAUCUGGACCCGGAAGUUCUUCAUCUUCCAGCCAAGGUCACCAAUGGUACGUUCCAUCGCAAUUUCCUCAGAUUGAGACACCUAGCGGAACAAUGCAUGCUGUUGCGCCAGGAACAAGUCAGGAGAAUCUCACGACAAGCUGGCCAGCUUUACACAUUAGCACUGCCACAUCUCCACAACCACAACCUGAGCAGAUACGAAAUUCUCGCCAAGACCGCUCACCUCAACCUGCUCCUCGAACCUUGGCACCAUCUCCACCUCGAUCGCCGGUCUACUCAUUUACCGGACGAGAUUCGCCACCCGAUGAGUUCAUCCAGCCGUCGAAGGUCACUUUGAAUGUGUUUAAUCCGGGACGAUUCGACCCUUUUCCGAUCAAAACUGGACUUCGCAGGUCUCAAAGUGAAACCGCCGAUGCUCUCAUCAACGACUCGGUCACAACAACAACCACUGUUGAAGUGUUUCGAGCGCCGCUGGAUCCGGCUCAUCCUGAUCGUGUCGUGACGUUGCCACCGCCUCCCGUACCUAGCAUCGAUGAUCGGCCUCAGCUUUUGAGGAUAAAUGGACCACCGUAUGAGAAGUGGAGUAGUCAUAGGACAGAAACACUCAUCAAUGAUCGGCCGAUUCAACCUUCCCAUCAUAGUAAAGCCGUACAGUGGAAGGAAACGUUAGUUGAUGGAGGUCCAGUUGGCGGGAAGAAAAUUACCCUCUACGAUCCGUACUCCGGACCACGGUCUCCUUUCGCUAAUGCUGUUACGACACCUCACCCACCCUCAACACAUCAAUACCAACUUCCUACUGUUAACUCCUUUGAUGAUAGGUUGUUGCCCCGCCCGUCAAAGGAUAAACCUGCUUAUGUGGUGCAAUCGCCAUCGACGGAAUUCUCGCAAGUGUCUCAUCCCCUGAUCACUAGUUCGCAAGAGGACCUCAGCAGGCCGCCAUUUCCAAAGAGCCCCGUACCGCCUGCACCAGCGAGCACUUAUCGAGAACUUGUAUCACAUCCAGCCGUUCCCGAUACCAGCUUGGACUACCGUAAACCAAGGGAAACACCUAUCCUGAACGGACAAAGUGGUUACGAGCAAGUGCGCGGCUCCGCUACCCUACCUCCUCCACCACCCGCUCACUAUCGUGACUCUAAUCUCACACGUCAGCCCAGUAGUCCGCUCUACGUAGAACCAAAUCGCGCCAGGACCAUCAAAACGCAAGUGGAACCAUCGACAAGUCAUCGAUACUCCUGCACAGAAGAAGCUGAGCGAUAUCGCUCCACACGACGAUCACAUAGUUCGCAUCGACGACGGCGUGAACUUCAUCGCGAAAUUGAACAUCGACAGCGGCAUCGCAGUGAAUCGCCAGCGUAUCGCGAGCGAUACACAUCUACCCCUGGUUAUGGUACCAGUGCGGGAGUAUCGCCUAGUGGUUACGAUGAGCGACCGGACCCGAAUCGACUACCGGGAGAAGGACCAACACGAGCAAAUUCGCGAGAAAUUUUCCAUCUCUAUCAAACCCGUGACGUCUUGCAGAAUGUUGUGGCGCAAUUUGAUGCGCUUGGGUACGGCUUCAGUGACAGCUUGCUUCUGUCUCCACUGGCUGAAUCUGAGGACUCUAUCAUUUCUGAGCUGUCAUCUCGAGCAGAUCGAAGCCGCUCAGAUGUGCUAGUGACGAAAGGGCCAGAGGCAGCUGCGGAG